AAACAUUUCGUUUCUGUGUUAGAAAGUGCAACAAGUGAGUGUAUUAGUCUAAAAGUGCAACAGGGCGUUCUCAUGCGAUUGAGCGAGAGACAUUGAAUUCUAGUUCGAGCGUUUAGAAACGACAACUAUUCCCCGGGUGGAAGUUGUCUAUCGCCGAUGCACACCACAACAAAACGUGUGUAAAUAAAAGUGCAUAUUUGCAAGUGCAGCUUGGAACGCACACUCCAGCAGCGCGCCCGCGCCUGAAUGCAACAGUUUGCUUCGAGGGUUCCGCGGCAAGUUGUACCUACUAAGCAAAACCGUUGACUGUGUGUUGAUCGUAGUAGACCGAGCGUUUGGAUGUGUGCGUAUUGCCGUUGACGCGCCGUUGCGCGGCCAUGAUGGCGGAAAUUAUUGUGUAAUUUUCAAUUUGGGGUGGUGUUUUUCCUCCGGCCAAAGUGGUGAAAUAGUGCCUAAAAGUGCCGGAAUUUGGCGAAAGCUGCUUCCGCAAGUGUCCAGGUGUGCCAAAGUGUUGGAAUUUGUGUGCGAAAGGUGCUGAAUCAACGAGUGUUAAAGUAGAAAUUUUACCCAGUAGACAUCGCACAGUUUGGCGGUCCAAGAUCCUGAUUGCUGAGGUGGCAAAGCAGGCUACGCGUGUGCGAGGGGGUUGUGGGAGGGCAGGAAGAAGGGGAAAACGGGUGGUCGGACUGUGGACAGGUGGAAAAGUCAUCGCAGUUGGCGUUGGGUAAUUAAGUUAUUCAAUAAGAACCAUAUGUUACGACGACGCAACGAAUGUGACCAGGUAGGCAAUGGAAAAGAAAACAAAUAUUUCCGGCGGAAGAAAGGAACAAAAACAGGAUAUGGAUUGGUAAAUCAAAGUUACAUUCCAUGAAACAUGACCAACGAAUCAAUGAUUGCCCAGAACAACAGUGAAUCGAAUAUUUAGUGCCAAGCAUUAUAUUUGUAACGGAAAAGAUAACUAAAUGUGAUAAAAAAUAGAUAUAAGUGUAAAGCAAACAAAAGUGUUUUCUGUAACAGAACAAAGUGUAGUGUGAAACAAAUUUUAAACGUUGCUUGGGAAUACUUUAAGAAACAGUCAAAAUUGAUCCCCCAUCACCAACCAUGAUGGACGAUGAUAAUGACGACAAAGAUGAUACGAAAAGAAAAUCUCGCAAUCUCAGCGAGAAGAAACGGCGCGAUCAGUUCAACCUGCUCGUCAACGAGCUCAGCUCGAUGGUGUCCUCGAACAGCCGCAAGAUGGACAAGAGCACCGUGCUCAAGUCGACGAUCGCGUUUCUCAAGAGCCACAACGAGAUUGCGGUGCGGUCUCGCGUGCACGAGAUCCAAACCGACUGGAAGCCGUCGUUCCUCUCGAACGAGGAGUUUACCCACCUGAUCCUGGAGGCGCUGGACGGGUUCAUCAUCGUGUUCUCCUCGACGGGACGGGUGUUUUACGCGUCGGAGAGCAUCACCUCGCUGCUGGGACACUUGCCGAGCGAUCUGUCCAACAUGACGGUCUACGACAUGGUUUACGAGGAUGAUCAGAACGAUCUGUACAACAUUUUGUUGAAUCCGGCCGCCGUCGUUGAUCCACUGCAGACUGGUAUUUCCCGCGAGAACCAGGUCACGUUCGCGUGUUACAUAAAGCGAGGAACGGCCGACUACCGGUCGGAGGUUUCCUAUGAACUAGUACAAUUUACCGGGUAUUUUAGAAGUGACGUGGAUGCGGACUCGUUGAUGACCACGUCCAGGUUCAGCACCUACAUGAACGACGCCGACACGAGGCUAAUCUUUGUUGGUACGGGACGAUUACAGACGCCCCAGCUGAUUCGGGAAAUGUCCAUUGUGGACAGCUCCAAGAGCGAGUUCACCUCCAGGCAUAGCUUGGAGUGGAAAUUUCUCUUCCUGGACCACCGAGCACCACCGAUCAUCGGGUAUUUGCCGUUCGAAGUGUUGGGAACUUCCGGGUAUGAUUACUACCACUUUGAUGAUUUGGAGAAGGUGGUGUCCUGUCACGAAGCUUUGAUGCAAAAAGGAGAAGGUACCUCGUGCUACUAUCGAUUCCUGACCAAGGGUCAGCAGUGGAUCUGGUUGCAGACACGGUUCUACAUCACGUACCACCAGUGGAACUCCAAACCCGAGUUUGUCGUGUGCACUCAUCGGGUCGUAAGUUACGCAGACGUCAUGAAGCAGUUCCGGAACCAAACUGGUGGAGAGAACAAGUUCGCCGAGGACGCCGACAGCGUGAGCGUGGGAGUGGAGCGGAAGUUUCAACCCGGAUCAUCCCAGAGCUUACUGGCGACGUCGCCGUGGAGUUCGAAGAGUUCACGAACGUCCCGGAUAGCACCGACACCGGGAGGUUCACCCACGGGAACGUCGUCCCGGGGAAGGCACCGGUACAACACCUACCAGGGACCGGGUUCGGAUUCGGCGACCUCGAUGUCGGCGGAAUCACACGCCAGCCGGCAGUCCAUGAUGACGACGCAUAGCUCGAAAUCCCGAAUGCGCUUCAACUCGUACCAAUCAAAGACGCCGUCCCAGCAUUCGCAAGACGGUGGCCAGCCGCCGGCGACUCACUUCAUCCUUCAGCAGCAGAUGCUUCCGAAUCCUCAGCAAACGGUCCAGGCGGAAUCGUACCAGCAAAUGCAGUUGCGACCACCCGUGACGGCCGCAAUCAUCACACCACCGUCGGUGACGCAGAUCAUCGGCUCGGCCGGCUUCAUGGAACCCCAGCAAUGCUUGGCCGCUAUCCCAGUUCAGCCGGUUGCGGCCUUUGCACCGGACGCUUCGGCAGCUGUGCUAUCGCCGAUUCCACCGACCUCGCCGGCAACCUUCGCCGUCCAUUCGAGCAUUUCUUCGGCGGCCGGGGGAGUAGUGUUGACACCCACCCAGAACCAGGUCCAGGAUCAACUGCAUCGAAAGCACGAGGAACUUCAACACCUCAUAAUGCAACAACAGGAUGAACUUCGGAGGGUUCAGGAACAAUUACUUAUGGCCCGGUAUGGUCUGCUGCCGUCGAUUGUGACCAUCCCUUUCACGUCUGCCUCCAGCAGUACAAACGACAUCAGCAGUAGGUGUAGCAGUAGUGCGUACCUUCAACAUCACCAGUCACCUCACAGCAGUCACCAGUACCAAACGCAUCCUAGUCUCAUGGGCAACAAUCCCCAGCAGCAACCACUUCCCCAGCUCUGCAUACCACCGGACCAGAAACCGAUCUUCCAUCCCAACCAGCAGCUCAACUUCACCGAUACCGGCCAACUCCGACAACCCGGUGAUCCCACCGGCGAAGGGACAUCCUACAUGCAACUCACGCCAGUUCCAAUCCACCAUCUGCAGCAACAUCCACAACCCUCACAACAGCAGCAGCAACCACAACAACUCCCCGGAACCGGAAACAGUAUGGAGCUACUGCAGUACCAGAUGGCAUCGGAACAGGCACACGUCCUGUUCACUUCCGGCAUGGAACAGCAGCAGCAGCAGCAGCAACAACAACAGCAGCAAAUUCAUCCUCUUCACCAUCACCACCAGCAUCGUCAGCAGCAGCAGGGUUCGUCACUUCACUCGCCCGGUGGUUCCACAAGUCACUCGCGAAGUGACGUCUAGAUUUCCGAUCCACUUUUUAAAACCAACACCACACCACAAUGUAAGAGCUUUAUGUCGAACAGAUGUCAGUAGAUAACAACAAACGAGCUUUCCAACCAAAUGGAGCAUUUGAUACAAAAUACAUUCCUUGUGAAAAACAAAAACAAAACGGUUUCUUGUUAAGAUGCCGCUAGCUAUUUUUUAUAAACGUGUUGUUUGAUAUACUAAAUGAAAGUGUAGAAUGUAG